AAAAAAAAACACAUAUAAUCAACAAGCAAUAACUUACAUAUCACAAAAUGUCUGACAGUAAUAAUUUUCAAAAGUGGCUCAAAGAAGUAAUGUCAAAGAUCAUCGAAAGUUUCGGGUCAAACGUCGAUGAAUUUCAUUAUGAGAUAACCGACAAUCGCGAUAUUUUAAUGUCCACUCUGCAAAAUAUAUCUGUGAAGUAUAAAAAUAAAACGACAGGUCAAAGUGAGGAACAUUCUAUAAUACUGAAGAGACCGGUACAAACAGAAAUCGUGGGACAGAUAGUUGACUGUGACUCUCAAUUUCAUAACGAAAUCUUGUUUUAUCGAACGUAUUCCCAACCGGGUGAGAAUUUCGCGAGAUGCUUCUACGUGGACGAGAGGCCACCACUCGACUCGGUAAUCGCUCUGGAGAACGUCAAUGAACGAGGAUACCAUCAUUCUCCAUACCAAUGCGACGUUCCUCUGGAGUAUACAUUAGCGGCGAUGCGCGAGAUAGGACGAUUUCAUGGCAAGGGAUACGUCAUGAAGGAACGGCAACGGGAAAAGUUCUUCGACAUGGUGCAACAGCUUCAAGAUUUCAGGGCGACAGAAACGUAUAAGCAACUUGUCAACGUUAAUGCGACACGAGGAGUGGAGUAUCUUCGCAGGCACGGCUACGACGUAGCUUUCUGCGACAAAAUGGAUGCCCUACUGGCGAACGCAUUCGAAGGGGUGUUGAAGAAGUUGAUGAAGCCGCUAGAACCUCUGUCCACACUCUGUCACGGUGAUUUCACAUUGAAUAAUGUUCUCUUCAAAACGAAAGGCGACGGACAGUACUGCGCGAUGCUGAUCGACUUCGCGAUUUUGAGAUACGCGACGCCUGCUAUCGAUCUUACCACGUAUCUCUAUCUGAAUUGUUCGCGCGAAAUAAGAGAAAGUGAGAUUUGCUUUUCCAAGAUUAUGCGAAGUUAUCACGAUGCGUUGAAAGAAUAUUUGCUGGAGGCUGGCAUUUCAAAUAUCGAAAGAUAUUCGUAUGACGCUUUCCUGGACAAUUACAAGAGAAACAGUCUGCACGGUUUUCUCAUUGCAUCUUAUUUCUUACCAUUCCUAAUAGGACCUCAACCCGUUAGCUUGAAUGGAUCACAAAUAGCAAACAUGGGUAACUUGGAGUUUGUAAGAAUGAUAAAACGAACUGGUGGAGACGAAAUAUCCAAGAUAUUGGCUGACAUGCUCUUGCAAUUGAAAGACUCUGGUUGUUUAAAAGACUUUUUAUAAUUACACAACAUUACGUCGUAAAUGACGCGGAGAUCAAUAUUUGUUAGUUUAUGAUAAUUAUAGGAUAAAUAAUUAUAUAAAUUAAAAU